AUGUCAGCCUCGGCGACGACUCGAUUCGGCAUGCUCCACGGCACUGCCCUCGGCGAGGGCAGUGUUAGCGUUCACCAGUACCUCGGUGUCCCAUUUGCGGAGCCUCCGCGCCGCUUUGCGGAUCCCAUCGACUGGUCGGCGCCAUUCGAGGGCGGCGUGCGCCUGGCGAUGCGGCCCGGCAGCGUCUGCGUGCAGCCUACCGUCACAGCCGGCGACGGCUUUCAAGGCUCGGAGGACUGCCUCUUUCUCAACGUCUGGGCUCCGGCGCCGUCGACCGUUCCCCUCCCGGUCCUCUUCUUUGUGCACGGCGGCGACUUUCUCAGCGGGAGCGGCGGCGAGUACAACUCGAGCCGGCUGGCCGCGAGGCACAGAGUGGUGGUGGUGACCACAAACUACCGGCUCGGCGCGCUGGGCUGGGCGCGGCUCUCCGAGGGCCGCGCCAACUGGGGCCUGAAGGACCAGCGGAGCGCGCUGCGCUGGGUCCGGAGCAACAUCGCCGCGUUUGGCGGCGACCCGCGCCGGCUCUGCAUCUUUGGGGAGAGCGCCGGCGCCAGCUCGGUCGCGCUCCACCUCCUCUCGCCCGCCUCCCGCGGCCUGUUUAGCGCAGCGCUCAUGGAGAGCGGAUCGCCCAUCGCCACUCCGGCCGGCGCCGCCGAGGAGCUCGCCGCGGACUUCUUUCGCCACAGCGGCUGCGGUGAGGCCCAGCGGAGGGGCGGCCAGGCCGUGCUCUCCUGCCUGCGCGCAGCGCCGAUCGCACGCCUCUGGCGCGCCGCCUCCGCCGCCACUGCUCCUCCGCCGGGCGGCGGCUUCCUCGACCAGCGCACCUUCGCCUCGGUCGUCGACGGCGUCGAGGUGCCCGCGAGGCCCUUUGAGCUUGUCGCGAGCGGCGCGCUGGCUCGCGUCGCUCUCCUCGGAGGGACAAACACCGACGAGGGCUCCGGCUUUGUGCUGCCGGCCGUGAAGCGGCCGCUCUCCGCGGCUGCCUACACCGACUACAUCUCCAAGCUUACUCUGCGCCUCGAGGUGCCGCGUGCGAACCUCUCGGACGUGCUGGCGGUGUACCCUCCUCGGCCUGCCGCCGACAACGCAAAGUUGGCCGCAGCCCUUGCCACCGACUUUCUGUUUCGGUGCGGCACGCGAUGA